AUGGCUCACGGAACCAAUAUUACUUUUGUGGAUGCAACUCUCGAUAAUGGAAUAUGGACCUCGCAGUGUGAUCCAAACACAAUUGAUCGAAUCCAUGAUGGCCAAAAUGCAACUUUUGCCAACGAAUCAACAGGAAAAGUACUAAAAGCUUCGGGUUCAGUUCGGCUUAUUAUUGGAUGCAUGUACGUUCUUAAUAUCUAUUGGGAGGAUCCUUGGUCUGGAAAAAAUAUCUAUUUGGUUUAUAUUUCUCCAUCAAAUUCACCCUAUGUAGUAGAAGAAGGUUCUAGUGGAAGUGGUAAUAAUGCAAUUCAAACUAUUACAAUUAGAAAGAGAUAG